AUGCGUUUCACUCAAGCUUGUAUGGCCUUGAUGAGCCUGUCGUCGCUCGCUGCGUCGGCUCCGACUGAUGCGCUCAUGCCAGCAUCUAACCGAGGGUUGAAGUGGAGAUCGCGGCGUGCUCCCCUCACUAUCGAGCAGAUAGUACAAGAGACGAACAUUAUCGUCAUCCAAAAUAAUCAGGCGCAACUCGAUGCCCUUCAGCGGGUAGCUGAGCAGGAGUUCGCUGCGCUCGUGCAAGCGCAGGUUGCCCUGAUCACCCAGUUACAAGAUGUCAAGAACAACAUCCGACUCAACCACUUCAAGGCUCGGUUCUCGCAAGUAAAUACUGUAAUUGUAACGGUGUCGACGGUAAUCGAUGCUCGAGCGGGCAAGAAUAACCAAAAGCGAUAUAUGGUGAAUCAGCAACUUGUCGAUAACGGAAAGCCGGAGAGUCAAAUCAUGGUUAUGGUCUCAGAUGCACAGACCAUGACUCUUGGUGCAUCGCAGACAGUCGACCUUGCAGGCGUUGCAGCAGCCACCGCCGUCGCCCAGCCCUCAGCCGCCCCGGCACAAAUCGUGAACCAAGAUCCCAACGCGCCUUUCGGUAGCAUAAACCAAAACCUGCUUCUGCCCAUCGGUGCUCAGGCGCCGUCUGUCGAUCUCGUUUUCGUCGACCCGGCCGCCAUCAUCCUUCCUAACCAGAAGAACCUGUUCAUCGAGAGCACCGACACCUUCCUUCAGGACUGUGGCUUCUACCAGUCCAACAACAACGCGUUUGCCAACCUAGGGUCGCAGACGUUCACGUCGUUCGAGCAGAUCACUGUCGCUAAUGGUGCCGUUUCGAUCGUCAAGCAGCAGCAAAAUCAGGUCAAUAUCAUCGUAUAA